AAAUAAAAGAACUAAAUAAAUUAACAAAAUAAAAAAAGAAAAGAAAAAAAAUUAAUAAAAGCAAGCAAAAAAAUAAAAAAUGUUUUUAAACUCUGAUGACGAAGAUGAUUUCGGUAAAAACUAGAAAAACACACAAAAACAGGCAUUUGGCAGAAAUUAAUAAUACCAAAUGCAUGACUAAAAGUCUUAACAAACUUAAAAUUACAAAAAUAAAAAAGCAGACUCUAAUGACAAUCAUUUAAUAAUGACUAAUUAAAAGCCUGGCCAAAACUAUAAAUACGGUUAAGGAACAGACAUAAACUUCGACAAAUUAGCUACUAUAUUAAAAUCUGACUAAAAAUCCGAAAUGAUAUAUGAACCAGGAAUGCAAAAAUUAUCUUAAAAACCAAGCGGAUUGAACCCAUUAAAAUGUGUAGACCAAAAAGUAAAGCUAACAGAAGCGUAAUUCUAAAACAAUUAAAAUUUAGUGAAUAUAGAUGAUUUUGAAGAUGAAGAUGAAGUCGAAGAUAUAGUAUUAAAAGACGAUGAAUAAAAAAAAGAUGUAUAAAAAAAAGAUGUAUAAAAAAAAGAUGAAUAAAAAAUAGAAGUAAAUGAAGAAACCUAAUAAUAGUUAUAAAAAAAGGCCACAAAUAAUGUCAUGAAGGAACUUUAUGGCGAUUCUAGUGAUGAAUCAGAGGAUUCUGCAAAAGCACACAACGAAAUGUUAUAAAAGAAGGAAGAAAACAAAACAUUGAAAUUAGAAUCUGAUGAAGAAGAAGACUAACAGGCUGAUGUUGCUAAUUAAUCUUAAUCAAAUUAAUAAUAAUAACCACAAGAAAUAAUCCAAAAAACAUUACCAGAAAAUAUCACAAGUAGCGAAAUGUAGAAUUUUCUAACUAAUCCAAUUAAAAAAGGAGUUAUUUUAUAAAUGACAAUAAAACGAGAUAAAACCGGUUUUGCCCGUUUUUAUCCAAAAUAUCACCUUUGUCUUUCUGGAGAUAACCGCUAUUUAAUGACUGGUAAAAAAAGAUCUUCGAAUAAAACAUCAAACUAUUUGAUUUCAAUGAGCAAAGAUAAUUUAUCGAAAAAAUCUCCUGAUUUUUUAGGAAAAGUACGCUCUAAUUUCCUUGGAACAGAGUUUCAUUUAUUUGAUAUAGGUGAAAAUCCUAAAAAAUGUAAGUUUCCGGAUAAAAUCAGGAAAGAAUUGGGGUUAAUAAUUUAUGAUUCAAACCUUUUAGGGUCUCGGGGACCAAGGAAAAUGAAAAUUAUUAUACCAGAAGUUAUGGAAAAUGGAUAAUAAAUAGUAAUUAAGCCUAUGAGUAAUAAAGAAGGUUUAUUAGCAAUGUACAAAUCUGGAAGAAAAGAAUAAUAAUUGCAUUAUUUUAAUAAACCACCUAAAUGGAAUGAUUCAGUAUAGGCUUUUGUACUUAAUUUUAAUGGAAGAGUAGAUAAGCCUAGUGUAAAAAAUUUCUAGUUAAUCGAUGAAAAUAAUGAUGAAAAUAUAUUUUUAUAAUUUGGAAGAAUAGGAGAAGAUGCAUUUAAUUUGGAUGUUUAAUAUCCUUUUUCUAUUUUAUAGGCUUUUGGGAUUUGUUUAUCUUCGUUUGAUUAUAAAAUUGCUUGUGAGUGAAUUUUAUUAUUUUUAUAUACUUAUUAUAUUUUUUUUUUUUUUAUUUUAUAAUUUUAAAAUUUGG